AUGGAAGACCUCGCGGCCUCGCUCAUGCCUUACCCGCACAGCGCGCCGCUCUACCUGCUCUACGACGCCACCAGUAUCGCCAACGCCAACGCCAACCACGGGCUGGUUGUGCCGCCGCUGCCACUCCUCGGCGACGACGAUGGCUUCGCGUUCGCCACGACGACAACGCCGACGACGACCCAUAACGGCGGCGGUGCGGCGGCGCUGCGCGCGUGCACCAGCGACGUGUCGGCGGCGGCGUUCGCGGACGAGCUGUUCCGCACCGGCGCGCUGCUCCCGCUGAGCCUGCCUCCGCGGCUGCAGCGGCCCGCCUACUCCGUGGGGGCCUCGGCCGCGACGUCGCCCACGGCCACCUCGUCCGCGGCCAGCGCCAGCUGCAGGAGCAGCAGGAAGCACAGGGGGUUCGACCCGUUCGCGGCGGCGCUCGAGAAGGUGCGCAGGGACGGCGCGGGCGCGCCAGUAACAGUGAGGCGCGCGAGGUCGCUCUCUCCGCUGCGUGGCGCCGCCGCCGCCGCGGUCACCGCACACGUGAAGAACAGCAGCGGCGGCGACUCGCGCGCCGCGGCAAGGCGGGCGAGGAAGGGGAAGGGCCGCGGUGUCAGGCACCUGCUGUGCAGGGUCUUGAUGGCGAGCGCCGCCGCGGCGCCCAAAGCACUGUGGCCGCGUAGGAAAGACGGCGGCGUGUCUUACCGUCCAGGGCUGCUCGUCUGCCUCGGAUAUGGCGUGUGA